UAAAAAAAAAAGAUUUCUAUUAUUCAAUUUAUACGGGUCAAAAAUACCCAAACUCGAUCAGAAAAUCAAAACGGGCCAAAUAACCGCCUUUCAAGGUUAAAGUGACCAACAAACCGGUUUCUUUAAUUUGCAGUAAAACCCCAGUCCACGCGCUUCCUCCAGGUGUUCUUCCCGUUUCUCCCUCUUCAUUCAAUCUCUGAUCUAAUCAGGAAAAUGAGUGGUUUUGGAUAUACAGUGGAAGUGACUGGCUUGUCCCCCAAAGCUACGGAGAAAGAUGUUUAUGAUUUCUUCGCCUUCUCUGGUACGAUUGAACAUGUCGAAAUUGUCAGGUCGGGUGACUAUGCAAGUACUGCCUAUGUGACAUUCAAAAAUGCUUAUUCUCAAGAGACGGCCGUCUUGCUUAGUGGUGCGACACUUCUUGAUCAACGUAUAUGUAUAGCUAGCUGGGGCCAAUGUGAGGAGGAGCUUCUUUUUUGGAACCUUUCAAGAAGCCAUGAAUAUGAAACAAGUUCAAGUCAACCACCGCUGAGAAGCCGAUUAGUAUCUCAUGCUGGAGAAGCUGUUUCAUUCGCUCAGGAUGUUGUCAAAGCCAUGUUGGCCAAGGGAUAUGUAUUAGGCAAAGAUGCUUUAAGCAAGGCCAAAGCCUUUGAUGAAUCUCAUCAAGUUUCAGCAACUGCCGCAGCUAAAGUUGCUGAACUAAGUGAGAGGACUGGCCUCACCGACAAAAUUUGUGCCGGUGUUGAUGCUGUGAGAUCAGUGGACGAGAGGUACCAUGUCUCAGAGAACACCAAAUCAGCCAUUUCUGCUGCAGGAAGAACAGCCGCGGCUGCUGCAAACACUGUGGUCAGCAGCAGCUACUUUUCCAAGGGCGCUCUCUGGGUUUCAGGCGCAUUAGAUCGAGCAGCUAAAGCUGCAGCUGAACUCGGUAAUCGUAAUGUUCAUCAGUAAUGUUUUGGUACUUGAACAGUUCCUUGUGUUGUGCAUGAGCGCCUUAUAGCGUAUACGUAGUUAGCAGUUUGAUGCUUGUAUACAGGGAAGAGUUGAGUUGCUUCUUUCCUUUCAAGGCACCUAUACUUGUGAUUUAGCUGGAAAUGGUAGUGAAGUUCAAAUCUACAUGUUUAGAGUGCUCGAAUUUGGCUUCCUUGGCAAUUAAUUAAUUACUACU